CCCAUCCUUACUUUCGCUUUCAUCGACGGAGAGAAGACAUAUCGACCAGUUGGCUUCCUGAAAGCUUUCACCGACCGGCGUCAUUUCGUCUCCGAUUCCAGCGAGGUAUUAGUUUAUUUUGAUUUUUUUGGAUUUUCUUUGUCCUUUGAAGUUUCUUCAGUGAUUGGGUUGUUUUUGGGGUGGGGUUGCUAGCCCCAUGCCCAACCUUUCCUAUUUAUAUCCGGGCUCAGAACUGGCUAGUAACUAGUGAACUAGUUAACUAGGCGAGGUUGUCUCUCACUAUAACUACAUUCAAAUAUACCGGUGCUGUAUCCUCCAUUAGCUUUAAAUUGAGGGUAUUAGUUUCUAAGUUUUUAUGUUGUCUUAUGCAAGAGGGCUGUUAGGAUUCGAUGUGAAAAAGCUGUUUUCAUGGUUUAUGAUGGUUACAUGUCAGACAAUGUGUGUCGUGGUGCAAGAGCUCAUCUGUUUACCUAUCUAAGGGGUUUUACAUAGAUUGAUCCAACCUGCUGUUUAAUAAGUGAGCUUCUAUACUAACAACCUUCCUUUAAACUUACCUACCUUUAUCAAACACCGAUGCGUGGCAUUUGCUGUAUUUUUUACCGUUUCCGUUCAAGGUCGAACUCCGAUAUCUGACUGGGAAAGCGUAGAAUCAUGAACUAUUUCCAAAUGCUAUAAUGGAGUGACCAAAUUAAACGAAAAAUGAAAAUAACGGAGGAAAUAGGGGGGGGGGAAUAAACCAAGAGUUAAGUAGGUGUAGAACUAUACGGGUAGUACAAAAAGUAGAUACAUUUGAAUUGUUGUGUGACACGAUCUCAUAUAAUAAAAGAUUUGAGACUGUUUGUUUCUGUCAUCUUUAAUGUCGAUAAACAAAUCUACUGACAGUGUCUAUUGAUGAUUCAGUUUCAUUUCCUCACUCAAAUGAGGAGUUUUUGGCAUCCUACUGAAACAGACUCUGCAUAUUUAAGCUAGCAUAUACUAUUUAUGUGUUAUUCUGUAAGCAUGCGAUUGAUAAGUUGUCCUUCAGGUCACUCAGAAAUUUAGUCGAUAGAUGAAACUUUGAUAAACUGGAAACAAGAAAUCAUUCAUGACAAAGUUGAGCAACUAUGAAGUUAUUAAGUUGUUGAGAAUUCAUAAAAAUGUGUUAUACUUAACAGUUUUUUUUCACUCAAUGCUGAUAGAGACUAAGAAGUUUCGCUUCGUCAACUGUUCAGGAGUAUGUGUAUAAUUUUAUGAUAGGACAGUAACUUUGAGUUUCUUUUUGUAUAAGCAAUCUGAUAAACUUUUCGGUUUUUUUUGUAUCACUUCGUUAUUUUGAUUUAACCAAUGCUUUCGUAUAUCUUUUCGAAUAGUCUAGAAUACCACAUUAAAGAAACGAUGCACAGGGCGUUUUGGGACAUUUUGCGGUCUAGCCUGAAUUCUGACCCACCAGAUUAUCAACCAGCUCUGCGAUUGCUUGAAGAAAUUAGACAUUCUCUAGAAGGUUUAGUUCUACCUAAUCAAACAACCUUGCGAAAACUUAUUGGAGAGUUUUUGGAUAUUGAUGUCGCUAAAUCUCAACUAGAAGAAACUGGUCAUUUAAGCUUAGAAACGUAUAAAGAUGAAGUUAUUAACUUGAUGAAACGAUUUUGUGCGCCUAUCCGUGAUCAAGAAGUGGAAGAGUUAAGAAAAAUUAUUGAUCCCAUUGAUGCUUUCAGACAAACUUUUAUUCUUUUGGAUAAAAUGCAUAUGGACUUGGCGAACUUUACAAUCGAACAAAUGCGACCGUAUAUUAGACAACAGGCAGUUACUUAUGAACGCACAAAAUUCGCCACAUUUUUAGAAGCUCAACAAAAAAUUGGGAUCGACGGUUUGGGAUAUACACGUGACUGGAUUAAACAAGCACAUAAUGAUCUCCUUAAUUUAUCACUUCAGUCCACUGAAGGCUCCAAUUCAGGCAAUACACCAGUGGAUGUAAAAAAGACUUCAGAUGACUCAACAAAUUUACCUGGAACAGUGAAAAAUGAUUCUAUCCCGCUAACACCAAAUAAUAUCCUACGUGAAGCUUAUUUGAAAUUGCUUACAUGGCCACGUGAUCGUGAUUGGCCUGAGACUAUGCUUAUGGACCAAAAUCGUCUUAUAGAUUUAGGCAAUCAAUUAACCAUAAUUGUACAUUUAACAUCACUUGUCCUUGUUGUCUGUAAUUAUAUGGCUUCGAAUGCAUCAUCAUUCACAUCACCUGCAUCAUCAUCUCCUACUGCUUCUCUAACAUCGACUAAAGCGAUAUUCUCUGUACCCCUUCGAACCAGUUUACCUCCAGAUGCAAUGGUUCAAUUAAAAAAAUCCAUUUGUCAAGAUAUCGCUUCAAUAUUACAGGGGAUUUGUUUAAAUUAUAAACCUGAUCAAUUAGUUGAUGAUAUAAUUGAGCAAGUCAUAUUAACUAUUGAGUUAUGGUAUAAUCGAUGCAUGGAAUCAGGUGGCUGUCAGUCAUUAAUUAGUCUUGAUCCUUCUGAAUCUGCGUCAACAACAACGACCUCAAUGAUUGAACAGAAAUCAUCCAUUGCCUAUUUUACUGAUUUUGGACGUACAGAGUUAACUGUACAGUUAUCAGCUGUUAUUCUUGGUGAACAUCCAGUUUAUAAACUCAUGCAUAAACGAGCCAUGGAUUUUCUACGCUCUGCAUUAUCAUCGUAUCCUCCAGAAAAUUUACUCUUACCUCCUGGUUUCAGUAUUUUGUUAGAUCUCGAUCAGGAUAAACUUAAUGCAUACAGUACCAGCAGGAAUGGUGGCAUUUCCUCCAAUUCAACUGGUUACUUGCAUCAGACUCCAUUAAAUAUUCCAACAACAAUAGUAUCUGGUGGUGGAAGUGUACACCUUAUCUCUCAGCUAUCUCCUUCUAGUCCAACCAAUCAUCGUCUCCGCAGUGAAUCUGAAAGUAGUUACAGAACACAAAAAAUUGAAAUAUUAAGUUUAUCUGGUUUAGCUAGUCGUUUGCUUCCUUUAUUAGCGCAUAAUCGUCAUGUAUUCGGUUCGUAUUACGCUGAAAUAAUUCAACCAUUAAUUAUGCCCAUCAAACAAAAUACUAGUACAAAUAACGAAUAAUUAGUUGAUCAGUUAGUUAAUCCCACCGUUAUUGCAUUCAACUUACUCCUUCAUCAUAUACAAUCAUUAUCAUUAUUAUGACGGUCAAUAUUACUUUCACAAUCAACAAAACAGGGAUAAACAAUCACAUUAUUAUAAAGUUCUCUGGGUGACACAUUAAACAAUGAUGAUAAUAAACAGCGUAGCAAUUAGAAGCAGAAGCAGCAGCAAUAAUUUAUUGUUUAGUAUGUAUUUAUCAUCUUAACCUUAUCAAUCACGUUUUACUGUCUAUUUUUGCCUUUUUGUCUACUUCCUUUCUUUCUCAUCUUUGUUAACCUUUUUUUUUUUAAUUUUAAAAAAAACCUGUUUAUAAUUAUCACACCUAGAAAUGUGUUUCCUGUUAUCAAAAUCAUACCAUAAUCAAUAAACUUUGAAAAGCAUGUUAACAUUUUCUACCAUCAUGAAAAAGUUUUUUUGCUGUGAUGUGUCAUUUUUUUUUAUCCAUUGGAAAUUUAUCUUCUUUUACACACUUCUCCUAGCAUAUCACCAUUUAAUUGUCUUCCUAAAUAUGCAUGUCAAUGAAAGAUGGAGUCUCUUUAGGUUUUCCUUUUGUUUACCUCUCAUCAUCAUCAUCAUUAACAUCAUCUCCUUUUCAUCCCCUGUUUAUUAUGCGUUGUGUAGAGAAUGUUUUGAUUAGUUGUUUGGUCAUAUUUGUGUGUAUUUGCAUGCUCUUGUUCUCUCUUUUCAGUUCUACUCUAAUCUACAAAAGCAUGUUGGGGAACACUAAAGAGAGAGAGAGAGCGCUGCAAAGGAUACUCGAUACUAGUAUUCUCUAUUUUCUUUCUCUAUUUUCCUCUUUUUUCUUGUACAUAAUUAUCAUUCAUGAUGUUCAUUCAGUUCAUUUGAAUAUUUGCAUGCAAAUCAUUUUGAAAUAUGUAGAUGUCUAUGCAUGUUUUCAAUUUAAACCUUUAGCUGAAUGAACCCGUAAAACACUCGUGUACAAGAAAAUUAGCACGAGAAAAAAAUAAAUAAAAACCACUUAAUU